AUGGCUCCGAGCGUUAUUGUCGUCGGUGGCGGCCUAUCCGGCCUCAGUGCUGCCCAUACCAUUUACCUCGCCGGCGGUAACGUCGUGGUCCUCGACAAGCAGGGCUUCUUCGGCGGCAACUCCACAAAGGCCACUUCCGGCAUCAACGGCGCUCUCACAAGGACACAAGUCGAUCACAACAUUCAGGACAGCGUGAAGCAGUUCUACAAUGACACCCUCAAGUCCGCCCGUGACAAGGCGCGCCCCGACCUGAUCAAGGUCCUUACCUACAAGUCGGCCGCCGCCGUGGAAUGGCUCCAGGAUGUGUUCAACCUUGACCUUACUCUUGUUUCUCGUCUUGGUGGUCACUCUCAGCCCCGUACCCACCGUGGCCACGACGCCAAGUUCCCCGGCAUGGCCAUCACCUACGCUCUUAUGCAAAGGCUUGAGGAGCUUGCUGAGACCGAGCCCCACCGCGUUCGCAUCAUCAAGAAGGCCCGCGUCACCAACCUCAACAAGCAGGGCAACACCAUCACCGGUGUUCAGUACGAGCACAACGGCGAGACCGCCUCUCUUGACGGACCGGUCGUCCUCGCCACUGGCGGCUAUGCCGCCGAUUUCGGCGAUGGCUCUCUGCUGAAGCAACACCGCCCCGACACCUUCGGCCUCGCUACCACCAACGGCUCCCACGCUACCGGUGAUGGCCAAAAGAUGGUCAUGGCGAUCGGCGGUAAUGGCAUCGACAUGGACAAGGUUCAGGUCCACCCUACUGGUCUCGUGGACCCCAAGGACCCCGGCUCCAAGUGGAAGUUCUUGGCUGCCGAAGCGCUCCGUGGUGAGGGCGGUCUUCUCCUCAACGCCGAUGGCGACCGCUUCUGCGAUGAGCUCGGCCACCGUGACUACGUCUCUGGCAUGAUGUGGAAGGAGAAGGACAAGAACAAGUUCCCCAUCCGCCUGGUGCUUAACUCCAAGGCCUCCAACACACUCGAUUUCCAUACCCGCCACUACUCAGGCCGUGGCCUCAUGAAGAAGAUGACGGGCAAGGAACUCGCAAAGGAGAUUGGCUGCACCCCCGACCACCUCCAGAAGACCUUCCAGACGUACAACGCUAUUGCUGAGGGCAAGCAGAAGGACCCAUGGGGCAAGAAGUUCUUCCACAACAUGCCCGUCGACAUCAACGACGACUUCCACGUCGCCGUGAUGGAGCCCGUUCUCCACUUCACCAUGGGCGGUAUUGAGAUCAACGACAAGGCCCAGGUUCUCAACAAGGAGCAGAAGCCGUUUGACGGCCUCUUCGCCUGCGGUGAGCUUGCUGGUGGCGUUCACGGUGCCAACCGUCUCGGUGGCUCGUCCCUUUUGGGCUGCGUUGUCUACGGUCGCGUCGCCGGUGAUACUGCCAGCAACUAUCUCUUCCAAAAGGCCCUGGCAGGCUCCGCCGGUGCGGCUCGUCUUGGACAAAUUGCUCUGCACAUCGACCCCUCCACCCCGGGCAAGAUCUCCGUUGAGUGGGCCGGUGCUAGUGGCGCCGAGGGCCCUAAGGCCCAGGCCGCGGCUACCAGCGCCCCCGCGGCAGGCGCCAAGACGGAGUCGAGCGAACCCAAGGCUUUCUCCAUCCCUGAGAAGGAGUACACCCUUGAGGAGGUCGCGAAGCACAACAAGAAGGAGGACCUCUGGGUUGUUGUCAAGGGUGUUGUCCUAGACCUCACCAACUGGCUUGAUGACCACCCGGGUGGUCCUCAGGCCCUGCUCAACUUCAUGGGCCGCGACGCCACCGAGGAGUUUGAGAUGCUCCACGAUGACGAGGUCAUUCCCAAGUACGCACCCUCGCAGGUGAUUGGGAGGGUCAAGGGCCAGAAGGUUACUCUGGAAAUUUGA